CCACACUCGGCAACUCUGUACUUGUACUGUACGGCUACUACUAGCUAGUAUUAAUAGUACUGGUACCGGUACCGCACUUUCUUGCAGAAGUUGUGCAUUUGCUCGGGCAUCGUCUCCUCAUCGCUCGUCGCUCAGCACGUUGCUCAUUGCUCGUUGCUGGUCAAGGAUUGAAAACCAAGUCCCCAUCGCUUUUGCUUUUAGUUCAUCGUCGUCUCACUUUGUCUGAAAGAGUUUGCCACCACACCCCGACCCUUUCCAUACCGGUACAGACAAACACACAACUACACACAACAGUGUUGACCAUGGCGCGCAAGACGAAGACACUGAACAAGCUGACUGGCAAGGUUCCACCACAGCGCACCACAACGCUAAUUUCUGUCAUACGCCAGCACAGAGAGAAGAAAAGCUGCCGGAAGUCCCUGAAGAUCGAAAUCCCACGAGACAAUGAUAUCUUGUUUGGCCGCGGCGGAAUGUCGAACAAUGCAGAAGGAAACAGAAGGUAUCAGAAGGUAAUUGAACAGUGGGGUAGCCACUACAGCACCCUAGCGGGGCGCAAGGCCAAGACCCAGCUCGCCUGGGAAAUCUACUACCAACUCCGGAACGAGGGUUUCCGUUUCCUCAAGAGAGACAACGGAAGUCAAUACUGGACAGAGGCUUCCGAUGAUGCUUGUCGAAAGAAGAUCAGCCAGCGUCUCCGAGAGAUAGUAUUUGAAACCACCCAGGGUGGCCGCCAGGUUUCUCCCAUUGUCAAGAGCCUGCCGACGACGGAAGUCCUGAUCCCUGAAGUUACUCCCACGGCAAGCCCCAAAGAGGAGGACGCGGAGGAGGAAGAUUUACUACGUGGUCCCCUUCCUGAUGAUUCCGAUCAUGAUUCUAUCGAGUCCUUGGUGGACACAGCGGACUACUUUCCCAUUUCCUGGCUUCCCAGUGCUUUUGAGCUUACCAAUACAUCGUGUCCGUUGGAUAUCUUUGCUCCUGCUACUAGAGUUCUCAGCUGAAGCUGGAGAGGGCUUGCGCAGACAACACAUCCAAUGGAGCCUGAUUCAAGCACCGCACUCUUACCGCCUCAAUGCUUUCCUUUCUGGAAAUCAACCGGCGAGUGGGCCUGUUGACUUUCUUCUAUAAAUUGAAGAGUUGCGUCAUGACGCCGUUCUCAGAGUAAUCAAAUCAAUCUACUGAAUAUUAGUUAAAUGUUACAUGCUCAACUACAACGCUACGAGCUCUAGCAGCC